AAAUAAACAGAAGAACUCAGCUGAGACUCUGGAGAUGAUGACUAUUCAAGCAGUUCCACUGGUGUUCGUGCCUUUGAAAGAAAGAGUUUGUCUGUGGAAGGAGAGACUCAGUGACUUAAUCGUCAAAUUAGGAUGUUUCUUCUUGUCUGGGUGACUCUGCUCUUCGCUGUGGGAAGCAACUAUGCCAACAAAGAUGCAUCUCAAGAACAAACAACAUGCUCUCAAAAUGGACCCUGCGUCAUGCUUAGUGAUGCAGAACUAACAGCAGAGGCUGGACUCUGUGUUGUGAUACCUUGUCAUUUUACCACUGAUCCUGACAUCACUUUGGAACUUAGAGUCUGGCACAAAUGUGAUCCUUCUAAACAGAACUGUAGUGAUUCUGACAUAGUGCUCCACUUGAAUGACACCAGUCCUAAAGCUCAUACUGGGUCUAGAGUACGAGCGUCACUGAAGAACUGCAGCAUCAUCAUCAAUGACCUUAGUGAGUCUGUCUCUGGAUCAUAUCAUUUCAGACUUAACGGUAUCCUGAAUGGAACAGAGCGAGAAUAUGCAUCUUCUGGAGCAAAUGUCACUGUAAAAGGUCUGACCCAAAAGCCCACAGUGAUGAUUCCUCCUCUGACAGAGGGACAGCAGACCACACUGACCUGCACUGCUCCUGGUCUCUGCUCUGGAUCUGUUCCUAAAAUCACCUGGACGUGGAGAGGAGCAGGAGGGAAGGACUCUCACAUCACAGGAAACAUCACUGAUCUCAAGACUGAGGAUCUGACUGCUGUCACUCAGAGACACAGCUCAACUUUGACCUUUAACCCUUCAGCCAAACACCACAACACCAAUGUCACCUGUAAGGUCAGCUUCACAAACAACAUCAAAACAGAGGAGACGGUGACUCUGAACAUCAGCCUGAAAGGCAACACGGCUACAGAGAAAAUGACGACUCCUGACGUGACCACUGUGAAGAAAUCUGAAAUAACUGGAAAGACCAGUGUAAAUGAGGGGGAUGUUCUGAAUCUGACCUGCAGUUUUGAGAAUUUCCCUUCGUCUCUUGUCAUGUGGAGUAAAGUCCCAUCCAAGAAAAACCUGAACAGUGUAGCUGAUACUAACCUGCAGAACAGCACUGGAUCAGCUACUCUUGUCAUCCCUAAUGUAACAGCAGAACAUACUGGACAGUACAUCUGCACAGCAACACAUCUGAACAAAACUCUGACUAUGUAUGCCAACGUCACGGUGAUUUUGUCUCCAAAGAUCCUAAAGAGCUCCGGAUGCAUUCAUCAGUCAGAGGUCCUGACUUGUGUGUGUAUUAGUGAAGGGUUUCCUUUGCCCACCAUCAAAUGGCCGCUGUUGGAGAACCACACUGAGUACUCAGUCCUUAUCACCGUGUCAAACCACAAGGUCAACAGCACUGCCACCCUGACUGUAAAAGACCACAGCACUUCUGUUGAGUGUGUCAGCAGCAACACAAAUGGGGAAGCAAAAGAAAACCUCAUCAUAAGCAAUGCAGAACAGAAACAAAAAAAAGAAGGUGAAGUCAUAAAAGUGUUACGAAUUAUCACACGGUGGGAAAUUAUCAUUGCAUUUUCGGUUGGCGCCUUUCUAUCUGCAAUCAUUUGCUGUUUGGCAAGAAAAUGUCACAGAAAAAAACAAAGGAUAUAUGGAAAUCUGGCCGAGACUCUGGAGAUGGUGUCAAGUCACGAGGAUCCUCCGGUAGAUGCUGGUCAAGCAGUGGAAGAUUAUCAGGCCAUCGACCAAGUGGCAAAUGAAGCAAGAGGAGCCGUGGCGACGGGGAAAUCGGAAGUGGAGUACUCCAAGAUUGAUUUCUCCCUGAUUAAAAGGAAGGAUGCAGAAGAGGCAGGAGAGACACAGGGGACCACUGAGACAGAGUACGCUGAAAUUAAAGAACUAAAGAAAAUUAAAGAAGAAUCAGAGGAGGAUCAAGAUGAAGAGGGUGAGGAGGAAAUGACUGGUGAGGAUGAGGAGAAAAAACAUAGUGAACCAGAGGAGAAGGAAGGUGAAGGUGAAGGUGAGGAUGUGGCACUGUAUUCCAGUGUUAAGAAAACAAAUAAAUAAGUCAGAUCUGAUAGUGCUGCUUAGGUGUUUGAAGAUAAAGAUUACUUAUGUAAUUUGCUCUGAUUAGAUGACUUCUUGCUGUUGUGUGAUUUAUUUUUUUUUCCUGCAACAUAUUCAUUGAUUUUGUGGUUUUCAAAAGCUAAACUGAGCCUGCGGUAACCCUCAAAUGAUAUUGUGUAACUGUCAUAGGUAGUACUAGUCAUAAGUGAGUCAGCUUUGUACAGUAGCAGCAUUGACCACUGUGCAGUAGUUUUUAAAAAGUUGUAUUAGUACAGAGAUUUGUAGAUAAUUUUUUGGACCUACAAGAGCAGCUGUCAUUCAAAUUACAUUGUUACCGCAACAAAAGUACAUAUUACAUAUACAAAUCAUACGUAAUAAAGAUAUUUGUACCUUCUUGUGACCUAACUCAACAUUCAAGACCGACUCAAAAGACUAUAGAACUAAGAAAAUGUAAAAAGCUGAUAAAAGUUACCAGCUACAGCUUUAACUGCUGAAUAUAGCAAUUUUAACAUAUUAUUGUGCUCUAUAUAGUAUUAUUUUUAAAGACCAGAGAGAUUAUAUCACAUACAAGGACCAUUUUGCAGGAUUUAGCGACAUCUAGCAGUGAGGUUGGAGACUGCCACCAGCUGAAUACCCUCAGUUCACCCCCAUUUAAAGAACUUCUGGUGGCCUUCAGGUAACCAUAGAUGUAUUGGGGCGUCCGAUGGCUCAGUGGGUAGAGCAUGUGCCCCAUGGAUUAAAGACAAGAUCUUGUCUGCAGUUUGAGAUGUCCUGUCAAUAGUUUCAUAGAUCUUUUUCUCUGCAGUACUGUGAAUUGAAAGUGAGGCGCAGGAGGCCUUCUUUACAGGCAGUGCUAGGUUUGUCCAUUCUGGGCCACUGUAGAAAAAUGCCAGUAAAACAUGGCUGACCCUUCAAAUAUGAAGGGAUCAUUCUAAGGUAAUGAAAACACAUGAUUCUUAGUUUCAGGUGAUCAUACACUAAAAGAACACAGUUGAGAAUAUUAUAUUCCGUUUCUGCUAAUAGAUCUAGAUUACAGAUCCUUCAAGUUAUCUGAGAAUUUAGUUCAAAUUACUUUGUAUUUGAAAUUAACACACAUAUAAACCCGAAUUUACAGCACCGUCUUCUGUCACAAAGACGGGAAAUCACUGUGUGAGAGGAUGUGAGCCUAAAAUAGCAUCUGAAACACCAACCAGGUGUCAGUUGUUUUGCAUACUUGGUUCCUCAUAAAAGGGAAGAAAGCAAGAAUCUGUGGCUUGGCUUUUAAGAGGCUCACAUACAGUAUACAUGCCUCCUUCAACUUUAUUAACAUUACUCAGUUCCUUUUUAUUGGUAAUGCCUCUGUAAGGCCUAUGUGGGGAAACCCAAAAUUCACAGUAAAUGAAAAGAAAAUGAAACUGUCAUACUGCUGAUUAUGAUUUUUGUGUUUCAAGGUGGUAGGCCAGGUUCUGAAAAUCAAGUCUUUAAACCUGAAUUGAAAACAGGUAAUCUGUCCUUUACAGAUCUGUCACACUUAGGCUGCAUUCACAAAUGCCAAUCCUGCAUUAACUGAUCACUGGUGAUGAGACUGGAAAAACUCCCACAGUCCAUGGAAACAAGUAAUACAAUCUCUUUCUAUCAUUAGAUAUUAUAUUGAGUAAAAGAAAUAUAGCAUAUUAACAGCUCGUGUGCAGCCUGCUGUCCUACAAAGGAGAGCACACACUGUGUGUGCAUGCAUUUAUGUCAGUAUUGAUACUACACUGAUGAUAAUUAAAAGUCUCUAGAUCUUUCAAGCCAACAUAAACAAACUUACUAAGACAAAUACUCACUUGCUUAGACUGAGAGAGUGGUUUUCUCUCCACCCUCCACUCUCCACCCACACACAAAAGGGCCAUUUAAGUGACACUCCCACACCGGCCCACAACCCUGCAGCUUAUCGCUGCAAAAUCUGAUUUGCUGUGAAUGCAGCCUAAAAAUUUGUUGUAAAAUUUAGGAAAUUAAAAAUACUUGGUUAAGGCUUUGAGUUUAAUUUAUCUCUGUCAGAUUUUUUUGUUGCCAUUUUUGCAUUUAUUUUUGACUGUUAAAAGUGUAGAGAAACAGGAAAAAGUGGAGAGAUGGGGUUUGACAUGUAGCAAAGGUCCACAGCUGGAGUCAGAUCAUGGAUGUUGGGGUAAUGCAAUAUGCACCUUAACCGUUCAGCAGUCAGGUCACCUCAUAGCUCCUUUUCCGGUUUAUAUUGAUAAUAAAAUGUAUAUUUUUAGGUACUUAAUGGCUACUGAUAACUGUUUGGUCGUCCUCUCCUGUCUGGACAUGAACAGUUGUACUAAUUAGUAAAUAUUUGCACUGUAAUAAUAGCUAUGAUAAUAAUGUAAGAUGUUUUAAAUAUAAAUGUUAAUGUAACAUAAAUGAUGCUGUGUUUUAAAAAUGUGUUUUUGUAUUAUAUUUUUUAUGUGCUUGUAAAU